AUGGCGUCUAUUAGCUCCUCCAGCUAUGUCAUCCUCCUCUCGGCCGCCGUUCUUCUCUCCGCCCUCGCCGCCGCCUCCGCCAGCACGAACUGGUGCGAGCCCGGGCUGGUCAUCCCUCUCAACCCGCUCCAAAGCUGCCGCACAUACCUUGUCCGCCGGACCUGCGGCCCCGGCCGCGGCCCCUUCGUCCCCCUGCCGGCGAUCAGGGCGAGGUGCUGCAGGGAGCUGAAGGACAUCGUGCCCUACUGCCGGUGCGGCGCGCUGAGAAUCAUGAUGGACGGCAUGCCAGCCGGCGGCGGCGUGGUGGCGUCGCCGUCGUGCUCCUGGGCCGCGCAGCUCGACCUCGCCGCGACGCUCGUGUCGGAGGCGGAGUGCAACCUGGUGACCAUCCACGGCAGGCCCUUCUGCUACGCGCUCGGCGCCGAAGGAACAACGAGCGGUUAGACUACUGCCGCAGUAAUGCAGUGCAUGCUCUGUGAUGCGGUGCUUAGCUUGAUCGAAUGAAUAAAUGUUGCCGUUGUGUGAAUUGUGAUAGCCGAAUAAUAAGGGGAACGAGAUGCAUGCGUUCUGGCGAUUUUCUUAGAAAUUAUUGAACCCGGCUUUGGGAAUAAAGAUGUCUGGUUGUCCUCAAGGAUUUGAUCGUACCC